AUCAGGUCUGCGAAGACGCCCACAGUCAACACCGCUCGAUUCAUCCUAAAUGAUCAAACAUAAUCUUCGUUUUAGCAAAGCUAUCCAUAUUUCUGCCAAUGUGUCAUGUCCUCGAUCACCACGCAUCGUGCUAUGGGUACCAGAAACCUUGAAAUCUCGUGAAGUUCGCUGAACAAGAAUCGCACGACAAAUAACCUUUAUGGCGUGGCAGUUCGCUGAGCCCUACGGCUGCCAUCGAUGCAAGCUGUAGCCUAGCUGCACAUCAUGGCUGUCGCAACCUGAUAAGAUUGGUUCAUCGCUCAUCUCGUUAGAUCGAUCUCCUUUCGCUUCCGUUCUCAUGGGAUGCGCACGACUCACGGUAGACAAGGCCAUUUGCGGCGCAGUUGACAAUUCAUUGUGUCUUAUAACCAUAUGCCUGGCGAUGUUUUCUAGCAGUACUACACAGAUAGACGUACACAAUAGACCUCGCCAUGGGAGCCGACGGUACCCAUAUCACGUGGGACAAUGGUUCACGCCAGCUACCAGUACUUAUCACUAUCACUGUGCUCCUCUUCUUCUCAUUGAUAGCAAUCUCACUCAGGCUGUAUUGCCGCGCGAUACUAGUCCGCCAUGUGGGUUUGGACGAUUACUUCAUGUUGGCUGCCCUGGUGGUCACUGUUGGGCUGAGUAUCCAGAGUGGCCUCCAAAUUAGUUAUGGUACUGGACGGAAAAGCAAAGAUCUCAACCUUGACGAAGCUUUAAUACCGACCCUCAAACACUGGUACGUGUACCAGCUAUUCUAUCCAUGGGCCCUCUUCUUCGUCAAAGCCAGCAUUCUAGCUCUUUACCAUCGCAUCUUUACACACCACAAUUUUCGACGCUGGGUGUAUUGUGCGGCAUGCUUCAUCCUCAUACAAACUGUCACCGUCACCUUCGUUAAUAUAUUCGAAUGCGGCGCCGACCCUUCACGAGCGUGGGACAGCAGUUUCCCCGAGGGCUGCAUCAACAUGUCAAAGAUGUACUUCGCCAAUGCAUCUGUAAACAUCGUCACCGACGUAGUCAUCUUGGUGAUGCCGCUCAAAGUGUUCAAACAACUGAACAUGAACUUACGAAAGUGCCUUGCGCUCAUGGGAAUCUUCAUGGUGGGAUGCAUUGCCGCAUUGGCCUCCAUCCUGCGUCUCCAUGCUCUCUAUAACUAUACCGUGACUGAAGAUGCUGGAUAUGAUGGCAUUUUCAUCCUCCUCCUUUCUCAAAUCGAAGCAAACGUCGCCAUGAUGUCUGCCUGCGUCCCAGCCUACCGUCCACUCUUCGUGAAGCUUUUCUCGUCUUCGUCCUCCGCCCCGUCAAACCAGCUUACAGAAGGGUAUCCCACAUUUAAUAGCGGCGGCGCCAUGUACGCUAGAAAGAAGACCACGCGCGACGAGAUAGAGCUAUUCUUUAUCCUGUCAACAGGAAAGAGGACAAGUCGGAGUCACCUCAGUCCAUGCGGAGCUAGAAAUUCGAGUGAAGAAAAUAUCUUGGGCGAUGGAGGAAUCAGAAAGACGACUGAAAUUAGUGUUGCAGAGGAAGAGUAAAAGAGGC